AUGUCUUCUCAACCUCCUUCCUAUCACCACCAUCAAUAUUCAGACUCAUCUCAAAUGACCGACGAGAUGGUCAAUCAAGUCGUUGCUUCUACAUCAUCGGUUGAAGAUCGUAUGAGUGUAGAUCAAAUCACUGGACAACCACAACCACCACAAUACAACCAAGACGAGUCAUCAACCAUGAUGAAUCAGGAUGGGGAUCAACAACCAAACAACUCAAUUGCUUCCUCUAAAAUAUCUGCUUCUUCCUUCUCAAAGUUGGCAAAAUUGCAACAACAACAAGAACCAGAGUAUGACGAAUUGGAAGUUAAAGAAUUAGAAGGAGAAAUAUUCGAUAUUCAAAGGAAAUAUCAAUUAGAAGCAAUUAGAGGACAGGGAAGUUAUGGUGUUGUCGCAAGUGCUGUCAACACAAGAAAUGGGCAAAAAUGUGCUGUUAAAAAGAACAAGAAUGUAUUCCCAAGAGUGUCAAAGAAUAACGAAGCAACAGUUCCUCACCGAUCUAAAAUGUCACAAAAGAGAAUUUUGCGUGAAUUGAAGAUUCUGCAACAUUUAUACCAUCCAAACAUUGUAAGAUUGAUGGAUGUCGUUCCUCCAAGAGACUAUGACAGUUUUGGAGACGUUUAUUUUGUCACAGAAUUGAUGGAGGCAGAUUUGAGAGACAUCCUUUCAAGUGAUCAACCAUUGACUGACCAACAUGUGAAAUACUUUAUUUACCAGAUUUUGUUAGCUGUUCACUAUACACAAAGUGCUAACAUUCUCCACAGAGAUUUAAAACCAGAAAAUAUUUUGUUGAACAGUAAUUGUGAGCUGAAAAUUUGUGACUUUGGUUUAGCAAGAGGUAUUGAUUUUGAUCAGGAUCCUCGAAUGAGUACAAAUUACGUUCAAACUCGUUGGUAUAGAGCUCCUGAAUUGAUUUUGAACAAUGAUUUUGUUUCUAAGGAAACUGACAUGUGGUCUAUUGGAUGUAUUAUGGCAGAAUUGAUGGGCAGAAAAGUCUUGUUUAGAGGAACCUGUGCUGUGGAUCAAAUGAGACGUAUUGUCACUACUCUAGGAACACCAAAUUUGGAAGAUAUCAAAGGCUCCGAUCAAGGAGUUGAGUUUAUGGCUACUUUACCUAAAUCUGAAGGAAAAGACUUUUCUAAAUUAUUUCCAAGUGCUAAUCCUCUAGCCAUUGAUUUGUUGAAACGAAUGCUUGAAUUCAACUAUGAAAAGAGAAUCACAACAGAAGAAGCAAUUCGUCAUCAAUAUUUUGCUGAUUUAUUUGAAGAGAGUGAUAUUGUGAAUUGUGACACUCUCUUUGAUUUUGCAUGGGAAGACAAAUUAGUAGAUUCUGAAGAUAUCAAACGUGAAUGUUAUGACUCAAUCAUCAAGUAUAGAAAAGAAAAGAGAAACAACAGAAACUCGUAUCGUUAUCCAAACGUAUCACUCAUCGAACAAAAGAAAAAGAUGAUCAGAGAGAGAAGACAAAAAGAACAAUUGCUUAGACAACAGCAAGAAGAAGCUCAAAGAAGACAGAAAGAAGAUCAAUUAAAACAACAACAAGAAGAAGAGGAAAAGAAUAGACAAGAAGCUAGCAAUUCUACAUCCACAAGCUCACAAGGACAUGCGGGUGUUCGAAAAUCUUCUACCAAUGGAAAAUUCAAACUGUUCAAGAAAGUUAGAGAGCUUCUUCAAUAA